CCGCUACGGCUACGGCGGGGCGAGCCGGAACUUUUAUCCAUAGGAACGGGUUUACAGUGUAGAGUGUUGCCGGCCGGCCUCAAGGAGAUUAGAGUGCCAUCCUCUUCCUCUCACCGUAGCCGCCGCGGAGCGGUGCCGAGCCGAUCAGAUCCAGGAGCGCAGUUACCGGGCGGGCUGGGUCUAUGGUCGCUCCGCGGGCCGCUCCGCCGGCUGGUGCUUUUUUUUUAGGGCAAGCUGUGUUCCAUGGCAGGGAACUUUUGGCAGAGCUCCCAUUAUUUGCAAUGGAUUUUGGAUAAACAAGAUCUGUUGAAGGAACGCCAGAAGGACUUAAAGUUUCUCUCAGAAGAAGAGUAUUGGAAAUUACAAAUAUUUUUUACAAAUGUUAUUCAAGCAUUAGGUGAACAUCUUAAAUUAAGACAACAAGUUAUUGCCACUGCUACAGUCUAUUUCAAGAGAUUCUAUGCCAGGUAUUCUCUGAAAAGUAUAGAUCCUGUAUUAAUGGCUCCUACAUGUGUGUUUUUGGCAUCCAAAGUAGAGGAAUUUGGAGUAGUCUCAAAUACAAGAUUGAUUUCUGCUGCUACUUCUGUAUUAAAAACUAGAUUUUCAUAUGCCUUUCCAAAGGAAUUCCCUUAUAGGAUGAACCAUAUAUUAGAAUGUGAAUUCUAUCUUUUAGAACUAAUGGAUUGUUGCUUGAUAGUGUAUCAUCCUUAUAGACCUUUGCUCCAGUAUGUGCAGGACAUGGGCCAAGAAGACAUGUUGCUUCCCCUUGCAUGGAGGAUAGUGAAUGAUACCUACAGAACGGAUCUUUGCCUACUGUAUCCUCCUUUCAUGAUAGCUUUAGCUUGUCUACAUGUAGCCUGUGUUGUACAGCAGAAAGAUGCCAGACAGUGGUUUGCUGAACUUUCUGUGGAUAUGGAGAAGAUUUUGGAAAUAAUCAGGGUUAUUUUGAAACUGUAUGAGCAGUGGAAGAAUUUUGAUGAGAGAAAAGAGAUGGCAACUAUUCUUAGUAAGAUGCCGAAACCAAAACCUCCUCCAAACAGAAAUUCCCUGAGUGAUUCUCCACUAGUGGCAGGGCCUGAAGCUGCAAGAUGAUGAUGGACAAGAUAAGGCAAUAAUCCUAUUGCCACAGUUACUGUGAAGGAGAGCAGGGUCCAAAUGGAAGUCAGAACUCUAGCUACAGCCAAUCUUAAAACAUUCCGAAGAAUUCCGUAGUGGACCAGUUGGAAAUAAACCAUUGGACAGAUUUCAGUUAUGUCUUCAAUGGAACACAAAUGAAAAUGAAUAGCUUGUUUCUGUCAAGCAUAUUGGGAAGUGAUUUUAUUUUUGCAAAAUAAGUUUUACCUUACCUGAUUUGAUUCUAGUACAUAAUUGAUUGAAAUCUCUUGAUUAUAAAAGUUUGGAAAGGUUCUAAGGGGACCUACAGACAGACAUACAUAGACAUUUCAAAAUUAAUAACUUUUGAUUAGUAUAAUUUUUCUUAAUUUGGAUAAUAGAAAUUAUAGCUUUUUAUUAAGCCAGGAAACAUGAAGCAUAAUUUGUCUAAAAUUCUCUUUGGUCAUUGAAGGACCAAAAAAAGACAUAAAAAGUCAAAUAUAUGAGGGUUUUUUUCCCUCCUUAAGUUAAACUUUAAAACUGUAUUUAAGGAAUCAAAUCUUACAAAAUCCUGGAAGAUUUUGGUAACGAUAUUGAUAAUUUCAGGGAAAUUAAUCAAGUACCUAUUGAUUUAAAAGUGUAUUUUAUUCGUAGUUUUAGUAUCUUGCCAUGGAAGAUACUAGCCCAGCCUAGCAGAAAAGUGCAAUAUGUAUAGCAUACUUUGACAUUUUAAAAGUUAUAUUAAUUCCAUAACCAUUUUGAAAUGCUGGGCAAACUUAAAAAAAAAAAAAUCCUACAUGACCUUAUUUGCAUUUGAUUCACAGUUAAUCAGGCAUUUUGAAAGUUAAUUGGAUAAAACACCAUGAUAUGGUUGAAAUUUGGUAACAUUUUAAUGUUAAUUUUUACUCUACUGUGAAAAGUUUUUAUAUGACAUACACUCCCUAGUUUAUUUUUGUGUCUUAGUGUGGAUUUACAAAUUUACUACAGGUAUCCUGAGCCAGGAACACAAUCAGGUUUCAGGCCAGUUUGAUACUGGCCAUUCUUAAUUCUCAUGAGUGUAGGACUUGGACAAAUUGUUAUGUCAGUGGGACUGUGCUGUCUGUGGAACUUAAUCAUUUUCUUCAGAUUUGAAGGAGAGUGAUGAAAUUUGAAGUCAUAGGAUAUUGAUGUACAAUUUAAGGAUUAAGUUUUUUUAUAAAUCAAUUGUGAACAAUGGAUUAUUAAAUUAAGUGUUGACUUCCUAGUAUGAAACUUCAAGAAUAAAAGUAAUGUUCUCCAGUUUA